AUGGAUAUGGUCUAUGAGAACGUAGGUGACUUCAGGACACAGACAGACAUCAAUACAAACAGACAAAAAACACUUCAGUCUACAGGAAGUGAUAAUGUGAGGAUGAGAUGUUACAGAUCAGUUUCAGUGUGUUUGGUGCUGCUGUGUGUUCUUCUACUGACUGCAGUCAUAGUGCUGUGUGUCCUCAUCAAUACAAACAAUCAACAGUUUAACAUCAAGACUAAAAACAUCACAGAAGAGAGAGACCCACUACUAACCAAAUAUGCCAACAUCACAGAAGAGAGAGACCAGCUACUAACCAAAUAUACCAACAUCACAGAAGAGAGAGACCAGCUACUAACCAAAUAUGCCAACAUCACAGAAGAGAGAGACCAGCUACUAACCAAAUAUGCCAACAUCACAGAAGAAAGAGACCAGCUACUAACCAAAUAUACCAACAUCACAGAAGAGAGAGACCGGUUAUUAUUAAAGUCCAAAAACUUGGCAACAGAAAAUGAGAGAUUAUUAACCAACAAUAACAACCUUAGUAAGCAAAGAGAUCAGUUAACUCAGCAGAAAAAUGCAAUGAUGGAGAUUCUAAAAGCAGAUGGAUGGAAAGAAUAUCAGUCCAGUUUGUACUUCAUUUCAUCUGAGAAGAAGAACUGGACUGAGAGCAGAAGAUACUGUAGAGAGAGAGGAGCAGAUCUGAUCAUCAUUAACAACAGAGAGGAACAAGGUUUUAUUAAUAAGAUUUCUGUUGAGGACAAACACUGGAUUGGUUUGUCUGACAUUGAUGAGGAGGGCAGAUGGAAAUGGGUUGAUGGCAGCACACUGAGCUAUAGAUUCUGGAGGUCUAGAGAACCCAAUGGUGGUACAAAAGAGAACUGUGCUCUUAUACGUUCAACAGGUUGGGCUGAUUUUCCAUGCAAUGAUGCUUAUAACUACAUCUGUGAAAAGAAAAUCUUUAAAUAAGUUGUUAAAUGAAAUACAUGUUAAUUCAGUAAUCUGUGAGCACACGAGAGCUUUUAUGCGUGAACACAAGAACCUUUAAGUCAAUUCUGACUUAAAGUGAUGCAUCUACCAUAGCAAAACUUUUUAAUAAUUUCUAUAUUGUGAUGCAAAUAACCUUUAGUUUCACUGAAUAUAUUCUAAUAAAUGAAGCUAUUCAGUAAAUGUGUUUUAAUACGAUUGUUUUUAGUUGUGUGUGUUUGAUGUUGUGGAUCAAUGUAAGUAACCUACUGUAUCUUAACUGGUAUGUUGUGAUCAUUGUUGUUCAGGCUGUAGUUUAUACAGUAUUAUUUAAUA